CCCAUUUUCACCAUACAUGCACCCUCCAUGGCCCAAAAUCAUGCACCCACAGGCCCAGCCGCCCAGGAUGGCAAGCCCAGCAGCCAGCUAACGGGCCAAGCCCAUGAAGUGGUGCACCCCCUCCAUUUUCUUCUAGCUUCGCCACUGCAUGGAAGGUUCGUUCCAGUUGAAUCCAGAUGCCAGUCCUUUCAUACCUGCAUCCCUGAGUUCAUUUGCAGACAAGAUCCCUGAGAAACAAACAGGUAAAACUGAAAACGAGGUCUGUAGUGAUUCUGCAGGUUUUGAACUCCCAGAUUUGCUUUAUUCAGUUGACUACACUCAGAGCUCAGCAGGCCCUAACAUUUCUGCAGAGUCGUCAUCAAAGGGAGACCCUUCUGGUGGCACUUCUGAUCCUUCGCAGUAUGAAGAAAAUGACUUGGAUCAAUUUGCUCUGGCCAAAUGGGUCUUUUCAAUGUUCCCAAAUGUCUCCACAGACUUCAUUGAUGAGUUACUCAAGGCAAAUGAAUUUGACAUGGAUCUGACAAUUGAUAUGCUUCAUGAGCUGAACUCACAAGAUAUGCUCCAUGAUGAUGCUGAAUUGGGCUUGCCAACUUUCCCAGAUAUCAAUGACCUGCAUGAUAGCCUGGGCCAACCUGGUGCUGAGGUGCCGGAGAGUAGCAGCAAUCUCAAUCAAGCUCUGCAGAAUGAGAAGUCAGCAACAACUUGUGAUGUGAAUUAUGUCCUGCCAACGUUCCCAAAAACCAAUUCGCUUCACAAUGACCUGUCUGAGGGGACUUCUGUUGCAAACUGAUCUUACAUAUCAAGAAGCUCUGGUUGAUUUGAAUUACUGCAUGCUGAUGUACAUAUAAAUUGGACCCCGUAGUGUUGGCUUAGAAGACAAAGCAGUGGAAGCAGAUCUUCCUUUCUGGUUUGCAGGACUAGUUUACCGUUUCUGGUGGUCAUCCUGAGUUUUUUUACUGUUGCUGAUGGUCAUCCUGAGUUUUACAGCCCGUUGUGAACUCCUUUGGUGUUCGUUUUCAGCUAGUGUAGUCUGAACCUGGCAAGUUGUGCUGCUGCAGCUCUUGUAUGAUAUUCUGCGAAGUGCUAUCCAUACUGCUUGUGGUGUUUGGGUACCAGAUUACCAGUCACAUAUGAAUGUUAGUUUACCAGACCA